ACCAAAUGGCAAAGCCAUGAAAAGAAUUAGUUGUAAAUUAUAUGCGUCGAAGUAUAUAGAUGUGUGUCAAUUCAAACUCUACCUCAAUAUGCGUGAUUAAUAAUGUAAUCCAACAUCUUAUUUAAAUUCGUAUAUGGAUAGCAUCAAACUUAUCCGUGUUGACCUAUUCUUAUUAUAACUCAAUUGCUCUAACACUUAAUUUUUAGUCCAAUUAACAUAUUCCCAUUGUUGCUGUUGAUGAUUUGUUUUAUCGUUAAGGAAUUUGUUCCUUUUCAUUUUUGUUAUCUAUAUGGACCUUGCCAGUGUCUUUUGUUAGAGGAUAUCCUGGCUGUCAGUAAUGGGUCAACUUAACAUUAAUUUUCUCGAAGAUAAAACAAAACAUGGCCUGCUCUACCAUGAGAAGAAGCAUAUAUAAUUAAUCAAUGUCACAGGCGAACUGCCAAAGACGUUGUCUCUUCAAAUGUCGUUGGAUGUAGGGGUGAGGGCUUGUGGUGUAUAAAUAGAAAAUCUUGGGAACCUAGUAACCACUAACACUUACCAUUUUUUCUUGGAUUUGUUCUGCAUUGCAUUUGAAAAGAAAAUUAAUUAGUUUGCAUUGCGAAAGCAUGAACGUUGAAUAUGGCCAUCGCCCUCAGCAGUCUAAAUGGUCGGGUCGUCUUUGUAACUGUGGAGAAGAUGUUACUACAUGUUGCAUGUCAUGCUUUCUCCCAUGCAUCACCUUCGGCCAAAUCGCGGAAACUGUCGACGAAGGACGAAGUUCUUGCGUUACCCAUAGCAUAGUGUACGGGUUGUUGUUCACGAUUCAGUGCCAUUGGGUCUACUCAUGCUUGUACAGAGAGAAAUUGCGCCAAAAAUUUGGUCUGCCAGAAGAGCCUUGUUGUGAUUGUUGUGUUCAUUUCUGCUGUGACCCGUGUGCCCUCUGCCAAGAACAUGCUGAGCUCAAAUCUAGAGGCUUUGACCCCUCCAAAGGUUGGAUUGGGCCACCAACUGCUGCUCCACAGAUGCCUCCUUCCAUGUUCAAAUGA